AUGGAGGAAUCAAAUGAUAUGAGCAUCGAAAGGAUCAAAAAGUCCGAAGAAUCCGAAACUUCCGACAUUGAAGUUGAGGAUGACGAAGAAAACCCGCAAAAUCGUCGAACGAGGAUCCCAGUUGGCGAGAUCUUUAAGAACGAAACUGGGGCCAAAAAUGCGGAAAACGGUGAAGGUCCGUCUCCCGUAAUCUCGACGUUCCAAAGGGGCAACGCCGGGACUAUCGACUUCGACAAAGGGUUUGAGAAGGGACAUCUUACAUACGCUCCCAGUAGGCGCAACCCAUAUUACAUGGCCAUCAAGCGUGACGAAAUGGGGGAAAUGUUCAAACAGCAACAGAUGGGCAAGUGGGCCACGGAGACACGCUAUGAAGGGAGGCCUUUGCCAGACACAGCUAUUCAGUCAUAUUGCAACGUUUCGUUGAAGCUUUUUCACGAUGUGGCUAAUGAUUGUGUUAAUUGGCUGUCCUUGAGCCGCCUCAUUGACCCGCAAGUUCCCAAAAAGACGAAGACGAAAGAGAAAGAAGAGGCAGACAUGCUCAAAGAAAUGACUUUCGGAAAGCUAUUAGAUUACCCAGAGAACGAUCCUCUACACGACCAGGCGAAAGAAGAAUCGACGCAUCAGCCAAUUGUCAUGCCUGUGAAUUCAAUGUCGCAGAUGGCUCUGGAAGAAACAUCCCAACAGAAAAAGAAGAGUAAGAAAACCAAAUUCGGUAUUGAUGCGGAGUGGAUGUCUAUUAAGGGGGACAUCGUAUGGGAAAUCAGCGAAAAAAAGGGCAGACGCAUCUAUGUUCCGGUACGGCAUCAGAUGGGCUGGUUGAUGUGGCUUCGUCUCGGAACUUGGGAGAAGACUCCAGAAGGAAGACUAGCACAACUGAAAAAGAUAAAGGACGGGUUCAAAAAUGCGUGGAUGACGGCCACAGCUACAGACCCUGAAUCCGCUGCUGGAUAUCGUGCUCGAUUCUCAUCCGCUAAUCUGGGUUUCCCUUUACUGGUGGUUCCAAAUCCUGAAAACCUUAUCCGUCGAUUAAAUUGGCAGACGGGCCAGGUGUACACACUCUUUCAGAGCCUUGUUGACAAAAUCAACAAUGAAACGUCUCAAGAUCCCGCAGGGAUGGAAGUCAUGAAAACACGUCCAGGGCGGGAUGAUACUCGCUACGUCGAGAUGGGAGAGAAUCCAUUUGGCCUGUUCACCACUUACAUUUCAUGUGAAGACUUCAACAAGUACAUGAAAAGCCUUGAAGUCCUGAGGGGAUAUGAAGAUCAGAGUCUCACGAGGCAGGACGCGCACCGUGCUAUCAAAACGGACACCAAGCAAGUAAAUGACUACCUUGCUGACAUGUACCAACCAAUGGAGCCGUAUGAUAGUGAGGGUCAAGAAAACUACACCCAGGCGCAAACGGACGUUAUGUGUGUUAUGGAAGAUUGGGAAACCAAAAGAGGAAUCGUACCCAUCAAACAAAGGUUGUAUGUCAGAGAAGGCAAUAUCAAGGAUGGCAGGUUCGGGUCUACUUGGCGCAUCGACGUCAGCAGUGACAAAAUCUCCAGUGCACGUGGGAAGCGUAUCGGAAAGUAUGCGCCGGCCAAGAUAAUGGGCAUGCCGGCCAAUGAAGCUGUUGAAAAGGCCCUCGGAUGGCAGCCACUGGAUAAGGCGAAACUAUUGCUGGGUUAUGAACACAGGAUGUCUAGCGGGUUCUUUAUGGCUGAAUGGCUUCAUCUGUGCGCUUUCUCAUGGGGGGGUCUCACGACCCUUUCGCAGAAAGGUGAACUCUUGUAUCGAUCGAGUGACAUUCCUGGAAAUCUGAUUCUUGGAACUUCUGAGACAAACUCUGUCAUGACAAGAUUUGCAAGAUUCGAAAAGGCUUGGCAAACCCUAGUAAUAGACAGUCCCGACCUUAAGUCAAGCACGUCCUGUCCCAAGCUUACAGUAACUCGGAACACGAUAGGUAAACCUGUAAUACGCGACGUGAAAAACGCAUUUACAGGCCAUUACUCCCGCACCAACUCUUACAUGUCAAGUGACGAGAAAGCUCUAGCAAAGGCGUACGACUUCUUGGCGUAUACAAUCUUUUACUCGAUAAGCUUCCCAAGGGGCUGUAAGUUGCUGAACAUGGGGACAAAUUCAAGUCUAGAUACCUAUUUUUACCCUUUCCUGAGACCGACAUAUCAGAAGCUCGAAGACCAACUUGAUCAGGCCCUUUACGAGGAAAUGAAGAAGAGGCAUCUGAACGACCCCCAGGUCACAUCGACCAACGGUGCUUUCAACAACAGUCCCUACAAUCAGAAUGGUGAUACCGUGAAUAUAGGUACUAGGGUUUACGGGAACUCAGGGUCUUUGUUGGAUUUCAAUCCCCCGGCUGGCAAUGGUUUGGACGCGUACAAUUCUGACAAUUCUGACCUUGUCUACCAAAAUAAAAAAGCCAAGAAAUGA